UGUUAUUAGUUUUCCCCAGUUUAGGUUUACAUUUAGUUUUGCCCUCGCUUUUGUUAUUUAUCGUUCACUGUAAAUAAACUCACUUGCAUCACCGUCGCUGUCUGCAACUUGGGUCCUCCUUCGCUUCCCCACACGACUGCUUCCCCAGCCGUGACAUUUAAUCAUUGCAUUUCAUACAAAACCCACAAAGAUCUUAAGAGUAUGAAUACAUUUAACUGUUUGUGGGUUUUUUGUGUUUGCAUUUGUUUGUAUUAGUUCAUAAAAAUGAACUUUUAAUGAAAACUAAUCUCAACUUGGCACAAACGUAUUAGAAAAUCUGAUGAGAACUAACUGAAGAAAACCAGAACCUUAAGAAGAAAAAUGAGCAGCUGGGGACAGAUAAGAAACAUAACCGAAGAAAUGUGAAACACGAUGACAUCAUGGAAUGAGUUCGGUGUUAGUCGAGCUCAGUGGAGCAUUGAUGCCUGCUGUCCCAAAGAAAACAACGUGCUCUUCUUUGGUACACAAGUCACAAGAAGCUCAACAGAGAUUGAGAUUUUAGCAAUGGCAGAGCAGAGGUUUACCAACGGAUCAGUUAAUUUAAAAGCUAAAAAGCGAUCCCAAUCAGAAGGUUACCCUUUAAGUCUUUCAGUACGAAUGCAGGAAGAAAAUUUAUAUGAAGAAAUGAACGUGAAAAACAGAGGAACCAAACAAACAACUGACACAAAUGAUAAGCGGUGUGCAUGUAUAAAAUCUUGUACAUCAGUAACCGCUUGCUGGGGUAUUCUGUUACUGAUCACGGCCCUUCGCAUCUAUUUUACCACAUUGUUAAUUCACAAGAAUGAAGACUUAAUGAGGAGUCAACUCAACUUGACUGCAGAAAUCCAGAACCUAACAGAACAAAUAAAACUCAUGAAGAAGGAGCUCAGUCUUUGUCCAGAAAAGGCAUGCCAGGAGGGCUGGCUCCCCUUUGAGUCCAGCUGCUAUGCAAUUAAUGAUGCUAAACCUCAUGAGCAGAAAACCUGGGAAGAAGCUCGAAAAAACUGCAAGGGAAAGAUUUCCGAUUUGGCUGUUGUAAUUAAUGCAGCAGAAAAGAAAUAUAUCAGUGAGAAAAGCUGGGGGAGUUCAGGAAACAAAGGAUACUGGAUUGGUCUCAGAGUUGAAGGUGGGAAAUGGAAAUGGGUGGAUGGAAGUUAUCUGACUGAUAACUCCUGGAUUCAGCAGCCUCCUUCUGAUGGUCUCUGUGUAAUUUCUGUCGAAAACCAAGGAUUUAAAUCAGUGAGCUGUGACAAGAAGAACCAAUGGAUUUGUAAAAAAAGACCCUAACUGUUUGAAUUACCACAGUUAGACUUCAGAAGACUUUUGUGAUCUGUAAAUAUAAUUACAUAUAAGUAAAUAUUACCAUGGAAACUUCUACUCAGGUUUUGUUUUUAAAUAUUACUAAAUAAAUAAAGUUAAUUAUAAGUUUUUUUAUUGUCAAGCUGUAUAUUCGGGAGAUUCUGACUGCUGAUAUCAGCAUUUAGAAAAACGCAGUGAAAGGUUUAAAGUGUCACUCAGCUAUUGCUCUUUGUGUCACUGAAGUUUUUUGUACUUUGAAAAGAUACAGUUGGUAUAUGUCUGUGUAGCUUCUCAGUUAUCCAGGUCAUGGUCAUCUAAGGAGCUUGGAAAGAAAAGAGAGUGGACUUUUCUUGAAGACAUUUCACUUCUCAUCUGAGAAGCUUCUUCAGGUCUAAGACCAAAUGGUGGAGAGCCAAGAGGUUUUGGGUGAAACCACUGUGAGACCUUGCCUUACCCUAUAAUGUUACCCGUUGAGAUCAACUGAGGCAAGAUGUGAGUCAGUGUUAGCGCCCACUCACAUCUUGCAUCAGGCGUCAUGUUGAUAUUCCUGUCUUAUAUUCGAGUUCAUUCUUUUUUUAGUUCAUUUUUAUCAAGUCUGUGAGUUUAUCUGUGAGAGAGAAAACACCCAUCCCCACAGUUAAGAAAUCUGCAGCACUGUGUGAGGCUAGCACUGUAAAAGAAAAAAAAGCUCAGUGUGAUAGUACCAAUCGAGCAUUCUUUAAAUCCCAUAGCUGACCAUGUUAGCAACAAUACUCAGGUAUGUCUGUGAAGGUUCUCAGUCAUCCAGGUCAUCGUAGUCAAAGGAGUUUGCAAAGAAAAGCGUCUGGACUUAAUCUAAGCAAGCAACUCAAAGAAGUCCAGACGCUUUUCUUUGCAAACUCCUUUGAAUACUCAGGUAUGUCAGUAACAACACUCAAAUGACUCCCACAGUCACCACCAGACAAGUAAAGGAUCUCGUGAGUGUCUAUAGAGCCCUUCGUGUAGUGUUUCAGGUUAAAAAUGGACGCAAAUGACUCUGUCAGUCAAAAGCAGAAGUUAGAGGAAAGACUCAGGAAGCAACAGUUUAUUAUGAUCCUCCGCGAUUCAAACAGUGCUGUUUCUUGGUGUACAAGUCACAAAAAGCUCAAUGGCAAAACUGUAAGUCUGGCAGAGGAGAAGGUCAUUAAAACAAACAAAUGAGAUCAGAAGACAAGUUAAGCUUUUCAUGCAUAAUAUGUCAAGAAAAACCAUUCUUAAACUCAGGCUAUUGACGUGAAUCAACUCUGCAUCUUUCAGUGAUUAUUUUUUAUCCCAUGUUAGUUUUUUGUACUGAUGUUUUUUUUCAUUAAGACUAAACAGAAAAAAAGACUACACAGCAGGGUAGAUGCUGAGCAAACUGAAAGUGCUUUCACAUAAAGAACCUAAUAUUCUCAAGGUGGCCCAAGAUAUUUACACCUACAAAAUGAUUAAUUAGAGGCUCUUCU